AUAAAGUAACCAUGUGCUUACUUUGCCCGUCAUGAUCGCAGUGAUAACUUAUGGAGUGACUUCAGGGUCUGACUCUGAGCCAGGUUUAUUGUGGAUACACUGAUGGGCGCGAGCGCGAAUGGGCGCCAGAGCAGUAGAUCAUGGCAGCUGUAUCUAUACAAUUGCGGACCUAAACCUCAAAUCAGUGCAUAGCCUAUCAGCCUAAUCUCCAUUAGCCAAAUAUAGACCGGUUCCCCUGCCCCAGACAGAUUGCGUACUGUCGCCGCUCUACAAUUCACAAUGCCCCCGUCAACCUGGAACUCGGCCAAGGCAAAGGUGCAACUUCGACUCUCGGUACAACGGCUUCGCAUAGCGCAGCAGAAGAAGGAGGCACAAGCUAAGAGUUCCCGCAGAGAUAUCGCUCUUCUCCUAGAGAAGGGAAAAGCGGAGAGCGCACGAGUUAAGGUAGAGGCUGUCAUCAAUGAAGAUGUAAACCUUGAAUUAUACGAGCUUCUCGAACUUUACUGCGAGCUGCUCAUUGCACGCUUCGGCCUUCUUGACCAAAAUACUCGUGACCCUGAUCCCGGAAUCAGCGAAGGUGUAUGUAGCAUCAUAUAUGCAGCUCCAAGAACCGAAGUGAAAGAAUUACACAUUCUACGUGACAUACUCAUGCACAAGUAUGGGCGCGACUUCUCCGCGGCUGCGAUGGAAAAUCGUUGUGGCUGUGUGAGUGAACGUAUCAUUAGGAAACUAGUGAUCGAAACACCCUCGGAACAACUUGUUGACGCGUAUCUUGGCGAGAUCGCCAAAGCUUAUAGCGUGAAGUGGGCCCCUGCUUCAUCGACCACUGCUGCGGUACAAGGGAGCGUUGUGGAUGGCACAUCAAGCAGCGACACACCAGCUCUUCCGUUGUAUUCCAGGGAAAUUUCUGAUAAGUUACCAGAUAUCCCUCCAACCGAAGACGAAACCGAGAAACCCAAGGCAUCAGCGGAAGAAACAUCUCACCAGAUGGAUCCUUCGAAAGGAGAAGCUGAGGAUGAGUUCGCCGCUCUGGCACGACGCUUUCAGGAAUUAAAGAAGCGCUGACUAGGUGUAGUGUACAAUACUCUGCGUGACGCGGCUUAUCUGCUUUUGUGUAUAUCCGAACCUUCAAAGAUUCUCCAACCUCUUAUGAAGCUAUACGAUCACGAUUCACGCACCUUAGUGAGACAUCCGGAGAUUUUUAUUACCCCCGGGCUAGGCGCCAACCUUUGUGUCGUUACUUAUGUCCGCCGAAUCUCAUGGAAGGGUGGACAUUCCGCAACACUUAGGGAUUACACAGGCCAGACCACUCCUGGUCAGGUCGGAUACGCCCAAUGACUGAGUGACGGCUAGUAUGAACCUGCAAUCGCGUUGAACCAGGCUUCUCAUUUAUGUUUGAUCAUGCAGGCAGACGAAAAUUA